ACCCGAGUGGCCGGCAGCAGGAUGCCAUCCGAGGUGGCAGCGGCGCCGCUUCAGAAUCCAGUGCGGCGCGCCGAUUGGCCGGAGCCAAAUCCAGAAAUCUCCACCUCAAAUCCACCAAACCCAAUCGUCUUCCCCCUCGAGCUCGCGUCUCCCCUGGGCGGCGACAACAAAAGCACUUUUUUUGUGCUACAAAUACGUCCACGUAACCCCUCUCCAAGCCUUAACUCCGCAGCAGAGCACGCAUCAAGCUACGACACGCGCGCAGAUGGCGUCGACGAUCAUGGCCGCCACCUCCCGCGUCCUCGCCGCCAAGACCCCGUUCCUCGGCCAGGGCCGCGCCGCCGCCAAUGCCAGCCCGCUCCGCGACGUCGCCGCAGCCGCCAGCGGCCGGAUCACCAUGGGCAACGACCUGUGGUACGGGCCCGACCGCGUCAAGUACCUGGGCCCCUUCUCCGCCCAGACGCCCUCCUACCUCACCGGCGAGUUCCCCGGCGACUACGGCUGGGACACGGCCGGGCUCUCCGCCGACCCGGAGGCGUUCGCGCGCAACAGGGCGCUGGAGGUGAUCCACGGGCGGUGGGCGAUGCUGGGCGCGCUGGGAUGCAUCACCCCGGAGGUGCUCGAGAAGUGGGUGCGCGUGGACUUCAAGGAGCCCGUCUGGUUCAAGGCCGGCGCGCAGAUCUUCUCCGAGGGCGGGCUCGACUACCUGGGCAACCCCAACCUGGUGCACGCGCAGAGCAUUCUCGCCGUGCUCGGAUUCCAGGUCAUCCUCAUGGGCCUCGUCGAGGGCUUCCGCAUCAACGGCCUCGACGGCGUCGGCGAGGGCAACAACCUCUACCCCGGCGGCCAGUACUUCGACCCCCUGGGCCUCGCCGACGACCCCAUCACCUUCGCUGAGCUCAAGGUCAAGGAGAUCAAGAACGGCCGCCUCGCCAUGUUCUCCAUGUUCGGAUUCUUCGUGCAGGCCAUCGUCACCGGCAAGGGGCCCCUCGAGAACCUGCUCGACCACCUCGACGACCCCGUCGCCAACAACGCCUGGGUCUACGCCACCAAGUUCGCGCCCGGGUCUUAAGCUAGACGGCGGCCUCUUCGUGCCGGACCACCAUUGUAGGCAUUACGUUUGUACCACCACCAAUGAAUGCAAAUAUUGCCAUCGCAGGAUUCAGGAUUGUACUGGAGGAGUUUUGGGGUUUGCAUUAUGCUCCGUGUCAGUUCAGUUGGACAUGUGUGCUCCUGAAACAGAUAGUGUGCAGUUUGUGAUGUAUAUAUGCAGCUGCUUCUUUGCAUUUC